GUGUGGUAUAUAUGAUGACCACCCAGACAAGGGAGGUUCCCACCACACAGCAAACCACUGCUAUUAUCACAACACCAACUGUGGCCCAUCCAUCAUCUUCCAAUGACGGGGCGGACUGACAACUCAUGGGGCCCCCGGGCAAUAGGGAAUCAUGGGGCCCCUGUGUCCUUGCCCAAACUCAAAAAAGCCUAUGAAAAAGGUACCAGGGGCAUCUCAUGGGGCCCCCUACUGACCCCCGGCCCUCGGGCAGUGCCCGAGUUUCCAAAUGGUCAGUCCACCCCU